UUUGCUAAACCUUUUCUUUUAAAAGGAUCUGGAAGGUCAAAUUGUGCUUACUAAGGGUUCCUUCACUCCAAUUUUAUUUGGUUCUACAUCAGUGCAACAUGAGUGCAUACCUCAAGCCAUCUUGGGGAUGGAUGUCAUCUGUCAAGCAAAGUCCGGAAUGGGAAAAACUGUAGUUUUUGUUCUCUCUACCCACAGAGAAUGAGUGCUAGCAAGAGAUAAGGAUCUCUCAUUGAAGAAAUGAGGCAUUUUAUCCUUGAUGAAUGUGACAAAAUGCUCAAAGCACUUGGUAUUGAAGGAGAGUUUUAAAAUAUAUUGUUCCAUGAAUGAUGGAAUCAUCAAUCUUAUUCUAGAUUUUUUUGAUAUGUCAAGACAUGAUGCUGUCAAAGCCCUCAACAUUUAUAAAAGAGCAGGCCACCAGGCACAAAAUCUUGCUGAUUUUUAUGAAUUUUGCAAAGGCUUGGAGCUCACUAGAAAUUUCCAAUUUCCAACUUUGAGAUAGGUUUUUAUUUUUUUUCUUCCAAUUUAUUUGUUUAAAUUUGGGUAAAGUGGGUAAGUUUUUUUAUUUGAUUACUUUGGUCAUUCAUACUUUGGGACGUCUUUUUUAUGGUUCUUUAUGCAUCUCAUUUUCGACAGCCACCUCCUUCAUUUCUUACAACAAUGGAGGAAUAUAUAAGAGAGGCACCUUGUACGGGUUCUGUUGCAAAUCAGAGACUGGUGAGUAAACAUGAAUUCAUCCCUGGUACGCGUCUGCUAAUUUAUUGAACAUGGGGGAGCCAGUAUUCAUACCUAGACUGAAGCAUAGAUUUUUUUGUUAGUAGCAUUGAGAUGGGAUAUUACACUCUAAGACUGCAAAGAUGUCUACUGUUACAGUCUUUUAAAUUGCAGAACUUCUUGUGAUAAGAUAGGCCAGUCCCAAACUACGAAAUGUGUCUUAAGAGUGCUGGUAAUUCUUAGUUCCUAAGUCAAACAUGAUAAUCUAUCACCAUAUUUCUGGUGAGAUAUAUUCCGGACUUCCCCUUCCAUAUCUUGCAAUUUGGGGUGGGGAAAAAAAAAAACCAGAAAAAUGGAAGUUCACAAAGUGCCAGUUCUGUCUUCUGCACCACUCCCACUACCGAGCCUACCUUGUUACUAGAAAAUACACCCUUUUUCUCUACACAAUUCAACAAUCUCAGA